AUGCGCUCCCUCCCCCCCCCCCCCACGGCGAGCGCCGCGCCUGCCGCCUUCGCUCCCAUCAGCCCUUCGCCGGAGCUCCCCUCGUCCCUGCCGCCGUUGGUGACGCCCCCGCCUGUGCCUGCCCCGGCCGCGCCUGCCGCCCAGGCUCGGAUCCGAUGGGCGGACCUCGCCAAAGAUGAUGCCGAGACCUCCCCCGCUGGCCCCUCCGCCGUGCCGCCCCCUCCCCUCCCCUGCCCCCCGCCGUGCCGCGCCGCCCCUGCGUGGCCGGUGGCUCAGCCCCCCACGCGCGGGGCUCUGCCACUGGCUCGCGGCAGCUGUUGCACUCGCCGCUGCUGA